CUGUCAUAGUGUUGUGCAUCUGCAGUCGAUCGGCCAGACCUCUAGGAACUCGUAGGAUAUAAUUGUCGAAGUCUAUCCUCGAAAAUACUCUCAGAAGUUCGCGAGUCUCGAUCAAUACCUUGGCUAUAGAUUUUGACUCUACCAAUCUUCCAUGUAUACAUAGUGUGAAAAGAUGGAUUCCGAAGACGGGGAGUUGUUUGUUAAGCAACUGGCCACCUUUGUGCGCACACAUGAAAAGGCACUGGCCAAUGCCUUGCAGAUGCGAAGACAGCCCCGACAUGGCCCCAGCCAGAGCGUGUCUACUAUCCAAACCUCGCAGUCUACGAACUCCCUCCCUCUCCCCGAACGACCCUCGACAUCAGCGUCAACAUCCAGUGCAUUAGCCAACGCCUUAUCUCUUGGCUCCCUAAGCUUUGCAUCUCAUAGUCCCAAAUCAACUAGGCUUGCUCUCACUCCUCAUCACCUGUUUUAUUUGUUGUCUCGAUUUGAAGAUUUAGGCAUCAAUGUAGGUCCAAUGAAAGUACGCCUAGAAAACUUGCACGACAGCACCACGUCGGCCAAUUAUGUUUCCUUUUUGAGCCCAUCCCAACGCACGAAGAGUCGGGGAUCAGAUGCCGUUUCGAUAAGAUCAGUCUCUAGCAUCCGCAGCGUUAUGUCUGGCAUGUCUGCUUUAUGGAGUAGCUUCGGUAUUGGGUCAAGCAUUGCUGCCGCCCGUAACGAAAAGCAGAAGGCUGCUCUUCAAGCUGAUCUGAAAUACUUGUAUUCGGCAUUUACCAAGAUACCAUGCUUGCGACUGGCUCCAGACUGGCGUGCAAAAUUGAUCCGUGGAUACGAGGAAUUCCCCUUUGACUCGGCUGUCCCGCUUUAUGUAUUCAAGAAUCUCCAAGCACUUGAAAUUAGCGGGAUCGAUUUCCGACAAUUCUUUGGUUGGGAUCGGGUAGCCGAGCAAAUCCGCUCCUUAACACUUAAGAAUGCAGGCAUUGAAGACCCAGCUGACAUACUGAUCGAUAUUGUCCUGGAUGAUAUGGAUAAGAGACGACGACGUUCGGCAAAAGCCCAGACGACACCCACUGGUGCUUAUGCUCAUGCCUCUAGUCCUAAGCGAAGUCCGACAGAUGGAGAGCUGCACCGACCUAGCCUGACUUCUACUGCCCCUGGACGCAGGAAUACUGUUGCUGACUUGAAUGUGGGCUCCAUUGGGAACGAAUCAGCCGAGAGUUUAUCACCACAUGGUAGCCGCCGUGCAUCGGUUGCUCAAGUUGACAUUGAAGAUUCUGCGACAACUCAGCAGCCCGCUCGGCCAAGAAGUCACUCUCCCAGGCGUCCAGCCAGCUCCCGUCACCACUCUACAAAUGCUAGAAGCUUACAUAAGGUCAAACGCUCUGGAUCUGGGAGCUCUCAUUCCAGCCUAUCUGAUUCUUGGCAUAAUCCGAGAAAUAGUGCUUCAAAUCUCCUUGCUAUGGGUAUUCUGCCUGCUUCGAAAUGGCGUUUCUUAAAGCAUCUGAGCUUAGCAGACAACUCAUUGACGGUGAUGCCUGCAGCAAGCUUAGUGCCUCUCGCUAACACACUGAACUCUUUGGAUCUGUCUACCAACCUUUUUACCCAGAUACCUGACAGUUUAGCUACACUAACUGCGCUUCGAGCGUUGAACCUUUCACAUUGUAUGAUCGACUCUUUGCAUUCUCUGCUGCGGAACCCGCUACCCGCCAUUAGCGCACUGAAUCUACGGUGCAAUCGUCUUUCGUCUAUUGCUGGGAUCGAGAAGCUUUAUCCCUUGGAGCGACUCGAUCUUCGAGAUAAUCGUCUGACAGAUCCCAUGGAAAUUGCUCGUCUCACGGGUAUACCCGAUAUCCGCGAGAUUUGGGUCGAAGGUAACCCCUUCACACGAUCCCACCGAGAUUACCGCAUAACAAUCUUCAACCUUUUCCGUGAGACUCCUGGGUUCACCGAAGAUAUCAUAAUAGAUGCCUCAGGCCCAACGUCGGCGGAGAGAAAGUACCUUGUCGACCGAGUUGCCAUUCCAGCUGCAGUUCCAGUCGUCAAACAACAGGUCCCUAAACUUCCCGUUGUUGAUGUAACCAAACCAACUAUCAUAUAUGAUAGUCCGAGGCAACCAACAGUACUACGCAAGGAGAGACCAGCCCGCCCAACGCCUAAGGCUGUCACAAGCGAAAUAAAUACAUCUUCCACGCGUAGACGUCGCACGCCAAAACGACGUAUUGUUGAUCUCGCAAUAAAUGAACGUCCUACGGCUAUGGACUCCUUACAGUCUGACGUGGUGGAAGUUCCAUCAGAUACCAAAAUCAUAGCAGCCAGCCCAAAAAACAAUUAUCGUAUAUCGCAACCCCCUGAAAGGCAAGAUCUACCGGCCAAGGUUUCAGGAGAUGCGAAUCCUUCCACCAAUGGUGCGCCUCGUACUGAAACCAGCUGUAUCACAAAGCCUACGCCACCACCCACUACACUGGAACCACGGCACCCUUGGGGUGAAUUGGACGAUUGGACUGCUGGUGGAGAAAUCUACAAGCAGAAAAUUGAAGCAUUGCGAGAUAAAGUGGGCAAUGGCUAUCUUAGUGCUCUGGAUGAAGAGAAUUGGGAUACUUCACGUACGGCGUUCAUGAGCACUGAUUUUGCUCCGACUUCACCAAUCCAUUCCGGUCCUGGAACAUCACGGAUACCAAGUACCCCGAUCAUUCAUAGCGGUGGUGCACUGGUCUGAUCGUAAGCUGAAAGCAAUACUUGAUUGCAGCAAGCAGUUUUUAUUUUGAUUUUUUUUUUUUUUUCGGCCCUAUCUAGGGCUUUUACACAGUGUUGGUAAAGUA